GUUCCCUUCUCCCAUUCACAUACCAGAGACCAACCACAGAGGACUCAAACUGAGCAAAUCCUUUAAUCUUCCAAAUUCUUUUUCCUGGUUUGUUAGAGCAGCCAAGGAUAGGGUGAGUCUUUUGUGACUACAAAGUUCUGCUGUGCUUUCCUCACACAGGAGAAGAUGACCAUGAGGGUUGCGAUUGUGGGUGCUGGGGCCAGUGGCCUGGCCUGCAUCAAGUGCUGUCUGGAGGAAGGACUGGAGCCCACCUGCUUUGAGAGGAGCGACGACCUUGGGGGACUGUGGAGAUUCACCGAACAUGUUGAAGAAGGCAGAGCCAGUCUCUACAAGUCUGUGGUGUCCAACAGCUGCAAGGAGAUGUCUUGUUACUCAGACUUUCCAUUCCCAGAAGAUUAUCCAAACUAUAUACCAAAUUCUCAAUUCCUGGAAUAUCUCAAAAUGUAUGCAAACCAGUUCAACCUUCUAAAGCGCAUUCAAUUCAAGACCAAAGUCUGCAGUGUAACAAAACGCCCAGAUUUUACUUUCUCUGGUCAAUGGGAGGUGGUCACUUUGCACGAAGGGAAGCAAGAAUCAGCCGUCUUUGAUGCUGUCAUGGUCUGCACUGGUUUUCUUACUAUCCCUUAUUUGCCACUGGAUUCCUUUCCAGGUAUAAAUUCCUUUAGAGGCCAGUAUUUUCAUAGUCGACAGUAUAAACAUCCAGAUAUAUUUAAGGACAAGAGAGUCCUUGUGAUAGGAAUGGGAAAUUCUGGCACAGACAUAGCAGUGGAGGCCAGCCACCUGGCAAAAAAGGUAUCAUUCUUGAUGUUACUCAACGGAGCAAAAUGCAUUCCUCUAUCAAACAAGUGUUUGACCCAUCCAACAAGAGCUACAGGACACAUCUGUUCUUUACUCAGUCCCAUAGGAGGGCGGGCUGGCCAAAUUGUUCAACAGCAGAUCUCUUCCCUGUUCAUGUUUUUGUUUAGGAUUCAGCUGAGAGAGCCCGUGCUGAACGAUGAGCUCCCAGGCCGUAUCAUUACUGGGAAAGUGGGCAUCAGGCCAAGCAUAAAGGAGGUGAAGGAAAACUCCGUCAUGUUUAACAACACCCCAAAGGAAGAGCCCAUUGACAUCAUUGUCUUGGCCACUGGAUACACCUUUGCUUUCCCCUUCCUCGAUGAGUCUGUAGUGAAGGUUGAAGAUGGCCAGGCAUCACUGUACAAGUAUAUCUUUCCUGCACAUCUGCAGAAACCAACCCUGGCUGUUAUUGGCCUCAUCAAACCCUUGGGUUCCAUUCUACCCACAGUAGAAACACAAGCUCGAUGGGCUGUUCGAGUCCUGAAAGGUGUGAUUAAGUUACCACCACCAAGUGUCAUGAUAAAAGAAGUUAAUGCAAGGAAAGAAAAUAAACCCAGUGGGUUUGGCUUGUGCUACUGCAAGGCUUUACAAUCAGAUUAUAUCACAUACAUAGAUGAACUCCUGACCGACAUCAAUGCAAAACCCAACCUGUUCUCUAUGCUCCUGACGGAUCCUCUUCUGGCUUUGACCAUCUUCUUUGGCCCAUGCUCACCAUACCAAUUCCGCUUGACUGGUCCAGGGAAAUGGGAAGGAGCCAGAAAUGCCAUCAUGACCCAGUGGGACCGAGCAUUCAAGGUCACCAAAACGCGAAUUGUACAAGAAUCCUCAUCUCUCUUUGAAAGUUUACUUAAACUUUUUGGUUUUCUGGCCUUGCUUAUGGCCAUUUUCCUGAUUUUCCUAUAAAUAAAAGAUUUCCUAAAUG